AGCUGCCUGAAGAAAAAAAGCUGCUACCAGCCUGAGCAUCGUAAACGGCGUCGGCUUGUGUCCUUCAAUGGCGGACCACUAAUUUGCUAACUUUUAGCAUUUCACUGAGCUUUAAAUUUGGUUUUUGGUUUGAUUUCAUUCAUCUCCCUCGGGUGCUUUUAAAAAUACUGUCAUGGAGUGUAGGAUCUUGUCAAUCCAGAGUCAUGUUGUCAGGGGUUACGUGGGGAACAAGUCUGCAACAUUUCCUUUACAGGUGCUGGGCUUUGAGGUGGACUCCAUCAACUCUGUGCAGUUUUCCAAUCACACAGGCUAUGCCCACUGGAAGGGACAGGUGCUGACCGCCGAGGAGCUGAAUGUGCUCUAUGAAGGCAUCAAACUCAACAAGGUCAACCAGUAUGACUAUAUUCUAACAGGCUACAGCAGAGAUAUAUCCUUCUUGGAAGUGGUGGUUGAUAUUAUCCAGGAACUAAAGAAGGCCUCCCCCAGCUUGGUAUAUGUUUGCGAUCCUGUUAUGGGAGACAAUGGUGCUAUGUAUGUUCCAGAAAAUCUGCUGCCCGUCUACAAGAACAAAGUGGUUCCUUUGGCAGAUAUUCUCACCCCAAACCAGUUUGAAGCAGAGUUGUUAACUGGAAAGAAAAUAAACACAGAGGAAGACGCUGUUAAGGUGAUGGACUUGCUUCAUGAAAUGGGUCCAGAGACGGUAGUCCUCACCAGUACAGAUCUGCGCUCCAAAAAUGGGGACCAGUUCUUGGUGGCACUUGGGAGCCAAAAAAUAAAGAACCCAGAUGGGACCAGUACCAGCCAGAAAAUCAGCCUGGACAUCCCAAAAGUCGACGCCGUGUUUGUGGGGACAGGGGACCUGUUUGCUGCCAUGCUGCUGGCCUGGACUCACCAUCAUCCCAAGGACCUUAAGACUGCCUGUGAAAAGACGGCUUCAGUUAUGCACCAUGUCAUUAAGAGGACCAUCACUUAUGCCAAUGAGAUGGCCGGCCCUGGGAAGAAGCCCAGUCCAGCUCAGCUGGAGCUGAGGAUGGUCCAGAGCAAAGCGGAUAUCGAAAACCCUUCCAUCGCUGUCAAAGCUAAGGUCAUAGAGAAGACUUCGGACCAAAAGCCGUAGACUUCCUGUGAACAUAAAAAAAAAAAAAAACAUUGUUACAGAAUCAAUCGGGCGUCUGGACACAUGUAGGACUUACUCAUUAAAGAGCCUUACCGAACCUCAGAGAGCGUCUAACCAUGUCAGCAGGAUCACCCUGGUAUCACUGCCAUACGUGUCAGUGUUGGUCUGUGUUGAUGACAUCUGUCCUCCAGUUAGAACAAAAUAAUAACAUAAAAUCUAAAAGUGAUAGAAUUGUACUUAAAUUGUCCUAGAAUAGUAAAAUUAACUCCUUCAUAAAGCACCUCAUUCCAGCGCUCUGUAAAUGAAAACCUGUCUUCUUUGCAUGACAAUGCAUUUGCCUGUUUUGGCUGAUCAGGAUUAGUAAUCUACUUAGAAGCACAACAGUCUCAUGUUUGUAACGGCAUUAGAGCAGCCUUCCAGUGGGCUGUUAUCACAUCAUUAAUUUUUUCAUCUUAUUUUUUUUUUUUUUGCACCUCCCGUAAAAUGUUUAACAUCUUAUGCACCUCAUCUAGUUUUAUUAACACUGUUAAUUCUACCUUGAUUUGUUUUGUUUUUUAACAAAAUGUAACUUAAAUGAGGAUCAUGUUGAUAACUGAUGUAAAAAGCGGUUAUUUUUAAUCACUUUUUUUAAUUAUGCAAUGCUUUCUUGAACUAGCAGGUGUGUUAGAUUCAUGUCCUAUCUCAAAUUGAGGUAUUUGCACAGAUAAUCUUUGAUAUAUUCACAAGUGAUCGCCGUUUUCGUUUCUGACUCUGUUGUCCUGCAUCAUAAAGAGUCCCUACGAGAGACCACACUGUAUAGCCUUAACAGGGUUAGAGAGGAGGAAAAAAAAUCUAAUAGAAACUAUAUUUGUCAUGAAUGUUUUAGCAGAAAAUUACAAUUAGUGUUAGAGGGUCAAGUGCCAAACCUUUUAACUAUUGCUCAUUUGUAGAGCAAUGUGAUGAAAUAAAAAAAUAAAUGAUUAAUCUUUUACUGAAAA